AUGGCAGGAGUGAGAGGCAGAGGUGGUGGCCAAGGACGAGGACGAGGCCGACCACGGAAAAUUCAGAUCAACAAUUUUGAGGUGGAAGAAAAAAAUGAUGAAGAAUCAAAGGAGGAUAAUGAAUCUGAGGCACAAUUGACACAUGCAAACAAAGGAUUGGGAGCUAGAAGCCAAAUCGAAGAAGUAGAAGGAUCUCUAUUGAGAUCUGAGCUGACUAUGAAGGAACGAGAGGUAGAAAAAGAGGUAAUUAAAAAGAACGAGAGCAGAUCGCAAAAGGAAAUCAAUGGAACAGUAACAGUGAUAGAGGAAAGCAAGGAAGAAGACGAGGAGGAGAGCAGACCAGCAUGGACAAGCUUAUUGCGAGGAAUAGAGCAGCUGAAAAAUGGAGUGAGAGGCAGAGGUGGUGGCCAAGGACGAGGACGAGGCCGACCACGGAAAAUUCAAAUCAACAACUUUGAGCUGGAAGAAAAAAAUGAUGAAGAAUCAAAGGAGGAUAACGAAUCUGAGGCACAAUUGACACAUGCAAACAAAGGAUCGGGAGCUAGAAACCAAAUCGAAGAAGCAGAAGGAUCUCUAUUGAGAUCUGAGCUGACUAUGAAGGAACGAGAGGUAGAAAAAGAGGAAAUUAAAAAUAACGAGAGCAGAUCGCAAAAGGAAAUCAAUGGAACAGUAACAGUGAUAGAGGAAAGCAAGGAAGAAGACGAGGAGGAGAGCAGACCAGCAUGGACAAGCUUAUUUGCGAGGAAUAGAGCAGCUAAAAACGGUAUGAAACUAACUUACAUACCUCCACAAGUGAUAGAUGGUGAAAUUAGAGUUCAGUUAGAGAAAGAGGAAGUAGAUAGAGAAACAGAAAAAUGGAAAAGGGCUUUGAUUACGUAUGUGCUGGGUGAUUUACCUGGGUAUAAUGUAAUAAAGAGAUAUAUAGAGAUCCAGAAUUAUACUUGCAUGAUGAUGGUUAUUAUAUAA